AUGUUUUCCCGACCGGUUACGCUAUGGCUUCCUCUCAUCGCGAUAUACUCGUUCUGGAUCUCGCUCGCGCAAGCGGUGUCGGGGCAGGAGCCGCUCAAAAGCGCAGAGGAGAGCCGGGGGUAUAACCUGGCAGAGCCAAUUCCGGUUAGUUGUUUGAAUAGGACGAUAGACACGGGUGAACAUGUACCCAAGAUCACAGAUGCGAGCGGGCAAUUGCAAUACAUACCCUUUCCGACAUGCAAUGAGACGGGACGACCGCUGGAGCUGUUCUUUGGCGUGGAGAGAGAGAUCAACUGCACCAUAGACUUCAUCUCCGACCCCUUCUUCCACCUCCUAGAGUUCUAUAUCCACAAUGACGCACCACUAUCCUGCCGCAUUCCCUCGAAACCCCUCCCGCCCUCCGUCCUCGAACACGAGUAUCGCGUCUCCGACGAGUCUACGCAAGAAGGCGCUUUGGGGACGCAGAGCACGCUAUACACGCCGCUGGUUGUUGCUUUGGCCGGGACAUUGCAGCUCAGCCAUCUGCAUGUGGGGAAUUACUUGAAUCUCCUCGUCCAUGCGGCGCCUAAGAGCGUGAGCCCGGGAACGAUUGACGCCGCAGCCGCAUACUCCAUUUCCUCACAUACACGCAACACCCGCGUAACGAUCGGUGACAGCCUCGCUUUGUCUUUCAGCGUAAGGUGGUAUCCCUCCACCACGCUGCCACCUGGGUGGAGUGGGUAUGGAGGGCAUUUGUAUAAAAGUACGUUUUUGUAUUGUAUAUUGAGUGCAGUGGGCAGUGCCGCAAUUUGCGUGGCGUAUUUUAGGGGCGUGGAGUUGCCGAGGCGGUUGAGGAGAUAUGCGCGGGAUAAGAUGAAUGGGGGUGGCAGGUUUGGAGGGGGCUAUGGGUUGCCGGUCGCAAAUGGGAGAGGGAAUGGAUAUGGCGGGUAUGGGUAUGGGAUAGGGAAGAAGGAUUAAAAGAAGCAAGAGCAGGAUCUUAACAUCACUAUUUCCGGAAAGACGUGCAAAGCUGUGCAUGUUAGAAAAUGAGGGAGCUCAGUAUAUACCCCUCGGGCCGUAUCAAUAGCUUAUUGGGUAUGCAUUGCGGAAAUUCUGUACAGGGAAGCUACCUAGCCAGUUCAUUCUAUACGGUGCCCUGCAUCCGAACUAUGCACAGAUCGAAGAUGGCUACCACGGUGUUGUACAUAUAUGUCCCUCACUCAUAUCAUACAUGGUAUUAUCUUCCAUGCCUCUUGCUGGCGGAGUAUACACAUUUGACCUGAAUCCUACCAUCCCUUCCUAGUCAGUUCGCUAACCCGUGCU